ACCUUCUCGCCCGAAGGCCGUCUCUUCCAAGUAGAGUACUCACUCGAGGCCAUCAAGCUCGGUUCCACUGCCAUCGGUGUAUGUUCUACCGCUACACAUUCGAUCGCCUUCUCAGUCUCUGACCCACGCGCAGNNGUCGCAACCUCCGAAGGCGUCAUCCUCGGUGUCGAGAAGCGCGUCACUUCAACACUGCUCGAAACCAGCUCCGUCGAGAAGAUUGUCGAGAUUGACAGACACAUCGGUGCCGCCAUGUCCGGUCUGCAAGCCGACGCCCGCAGCAUGAUCGAGCACGCCAGAAUCACAAGCCAAAGCCACGCCUUCAACUACGCCGAACCUCUGUCCGUCGAGAGCUGCACCCAGGCCAUCUGCGACUUGGCCCUGAGAUUCGGCGAGGGUGCCGAGGGUGAGGAGAGCAUCAUGAGCAGACCUUUCGGUGUCGCCCUGCUCAUUGCCGGCUUUGACGAGAACGGCCCGUCACUCUGUUCACUCCUCGUCCUACCCUCGGGCACUUUCUACCGCUACGACGCAAAGGCCAUUGGAUCAGGUUCAGAGGGCGCACAGGCCGAGCUACAGAACGAGUUUCACAAGUCAUUGACACUGGCAGAGGCCGAGGUGCUGGUGCUCAAGACACUCAAGCAGGUCAUGGAGGAGAAGCUGGACUCAAAGAACGUGCAGCUGGCCAGCGUCACCAAGGACAAGGGUUUCAGGAUAUACGGUGAUGACGAGAUGGCCUCGGUCGUGUCCAGACUCGAGGCCAAC